AGAACUCAGAAAUAUGGUUAUGCAACCAAUGAUUCUCCCCAUGGUUCUCACCAUAGCCGAAUCUCAGGUAUUGAAUUUGUUAGCUGAAUGACGUCUUUUGUUGUGUCUACAUAGCCAGAUACUUAUGUUUCUUGGUUGUCGUUCAUACAUUGAUGCUCUCUUUGUCCACCCAUUGAUUAGGGUAACCUUGAUUUUAUCGAACUUAGAUACUCCAUCUUCACUAAGGAAUAUUUAUGGUUCUCAUUUUGAAAUAUCUUAGUGUGUGAAUUUUCUCCUUUAAUGUCUAUAGUAACCAUUUAAACUUUUGAGAAGGCUAUCCUUGUACGGAACAUUUUUUGUUGGGAACUUAGUGUGUAUAGUAGCUCCCUUGUUUUUGACAGUUUCCUCAAAUGCUUGUUUGGUAGAGGAAGAAAAAGUAAAAUUUUCUUAUUUCUUUCUGGUUUCAUCUUGGACAUUAGGCUUCUUGGAUGUGACAUUUUGUCUUGGGCUAAAGUUCUAUGUUGAGAAGUGCAUUGCUCGUGCAGAUAAACACUCAUUUGUGUACCUAAGGAAAUCAUUUUUGCAUUCCUAUGGUCUCUUGUGUGCAUAUCCAUGUGAAUUUUUUUUAUUUUCUGCAAAACGAAUAAGUGAUGGACAGUUAAACUGAUACAUAUGAGUUUAUAUCGAGGAGUGAUCAAAAUUAUGAUUUUCCAUCUAUUGUAGGAUAAAGUAGAUUUUGAGCUUUCAACCCUUCCAGCUCUUGUUCCUGUCCUCAGUACCGCUGCUGGCGAGACACUACUUCUUCUUGUCAAGCAUGCAGAUCUCAUAAUCAACAAGGUAACUUGCUCUAUCCACACACCAUUUUUUGUCCGUAUUUUAGAGAAGGGGGAGUAACCAAAGAUGGGAGGAAAAAAAGAGGGAAAAUAUAGAAAGAUGAAAAAGAAGGGAAAAAAAGAGAAGGGGGGGGGGGGGGGGGGGGGCAGCGAGAGGAUGCUCUUUUUGUUUUCAUCUAUUUAUGAUUAGUGUCAGAAAUUGUUGAUUACAGUUAAUAGCACCAUCAUAGAAACAAAUUUAUAUUCCUUCAUCUAGAGCUUUUGGACUGUAAAUUUUUGGGGAAUUAUUGAUAUCUUCUUUUUACUCUUCAUCCUGCUUUUCACUAAUUUCACGAAUAUGUUCGACAUUAGAAUAAGUCUGUACUAAUAUCCCAUUCUGUAUAACACUUGUAGGCUAGUCAUGAGACUUUGGUAUCUAGUGUCCUGCCAAUGUUGGUUCGAGCUUAUGAUGAUACUGAUCCACGCAUCCAGGAGGAAGUUUUGAAAAAAUCUGUAUCUCUUGCCAAGCAACUUGAUCCUCAGGUUUGAUAGCAUUUCAUCGAAGUUGCUCUCAAGUCUACUUUUCUUAUCAGUGGAAGUAUAUGCUUGAAAUGAGUUGUGACUUCCUUGAUUUGAUACUUAAACCUGUUGGAUUCAGACAAAUAAUUGACCAAUACUUUUCUUUUAUCAUCAUUUGGGAUACCCCUUUAGAGGCCUGAAGGUGAAUAAAAUGCACAGAGUUGUCUAUAUUUCCUGGUAACUGAUGUCAUUUUUGGGUACUGUGCAUUGUUUUUGUAUUUCCAGCUAGUGAAGCAAGCAAUUUUGCCUCGGGUUCAUGGAUUAGCUCUCAAAACAACUGUUGCUGCGGUAUGUAUAUGGUUUAUGUGGACCAACUGAUAUAAGGUGCAACAUGUUUCAACUUCUGAGAUGCAGGAUGUUUUUUUUUUAUGUUUGGAUAUCUCAUAUGAAUGCCUCGCCGGAAAAAAAUCUCAUACAAAUGCCUUAUUAUCAUUUUGUGUUUGCAGGUAAGAGUGAAUGCUCUGCUAUGCUUUGUAGAAUUUGCUCAUUCACUCGACAAACAUGCUAUUCUGGACAUGUUGCAAACCAUUGGACGUUGUACAGCAGUUGACCGUUCUGCUCCUACCCUUAUGUGUACUCUCGGGGUUGCAAACUCUAUUCUAAAGCAGGUAAUGGUUUGAAACAUAUGAUAUUAGAGGUGAAUAUUGUGACCUCAAUUGUUUCAUUCUUCUGACUGGAACUCUUUUUGUCAGUUUGGAGUAGAAUUUGUUGCAGAGCAUGUUCUUCCCCUGCUUUCGCCUCUGCUCAUUGCCCAGCAGCUUAACGUGCAGCAGUUUGCCAAAUACAUGCUCUUCAUUAAGGAUGUCCUGAGGUAUUUUCACUGCUCCAUCUGAGAUCCAUAGUACACUGAUCAUAUCUGGGAAGCCUUUUAGCUCAAUCAUGGUUAGUAGUUCUUUUUGAAGUCUUGAGAUUUAUGUAGAUGGAAUGUGCUGAGGAUUCGUAAUGCCACCAAGAAUUGGACAUUCAUUAUUUUUUCUUUUUCUUGGUGGAAAAAAUGUUAUGCUAGGGCACUUGGUCUAAUUGAACCGGCAAGCUAAGGACAAUUAUUGAAUAUGUACGAUGAUUAUUAUAAUAUCUAUGGUAUAGAGUUUGAACAUUUGAAAUUGCAACGGUUAUCCCAUUAAUUACACAAAGCUCAAGAGUAAAUGCCAUAAGUUGAAUGUCUGUGGUGUGGUCGGCUUGUAUAUCCCUCCUGUCUAUCUAGUUUCCACAUAAAAGAAGUGUGUAUUAUCAUAACCCUGCUUUUUGGUAAUUCUCUUUAAACAGGAUGAUAGAAGAAAAGCGAGGGGUCAGUGUAAGUGAUUCUGGAAUUCCAGAGGCGAAGACAUUGCCUUUUGCUAAUGGGACUCAGUCUCAAGCAUCUAGCAAAUCAACUGGCACAGUUGCUUCUGCAGUAAAAAAGAGUCCUUCUUGGGAUGAAGACUGGGGUCCUGUCACCAAAGGUUCUGACCCUUCAAAGCACCCUGCUACCACACCUAUUCCCUCUAUUUCAAGCAACCCAUCUCCUGCUCCUACUACUAUGACAUCUUCGGGCAGCCAGCAGCAGCCACUGCAAUCAUUGUCUUCCAUGGCCAGUCAACAACCAGUGGUGUCAUGCACUCCAGUCGACAUAGAGUGGCCUCCUCGGUCAUCAUCUUCUGGUGUAAUCCCGCAGCAAAGUGAUGGCUGGGGACAAUCGAGUAUGGUGGCAUCAUCAUCUGCACCAGCUCUUGACGAUAUGGAUCCUUUUGCCGAUUGGCCUCCGAGGCCUAGCAGCAGCACCUCCAGUACCUCCAACACUUUGAACAACGGUAAAGUUGGAUCGCUCACUCCAACUUACGGCUCUAACUUUGCAACCAUCACAUCCAACAGCAGCACUCAGAGCAAUGGGAGCAACAGCUGGGCGUUCAACAACCAGAAUUCGCUUACCAUGGGACGAGGAGCUGUGAACGGUGGUGGUGGCAGUGGGAUGAAUCCCAGCCACUCCCUCGGGGUCUUGAAAAGCAAUCAAGGUGGAAGUAUGGUCUCGUCAAGUAAUCAAAGGACGAGGUCGUCGGGAGAUCUGGAAUCCAUAUUUGGUUCCGGGAGGAACAACGAUAAUGGAGCUUUAGCUCCGAAGCUUGCUCCGCCUCCUUUGACAGCUGUCGGCAGAGGGAGAGGGAGAGGGAGAGGGACAGCGGUUGGCUCGACUAUGAAGUCUUCUUCUCAUGCCAACAACAAACCUCAGCCUGGACAGCCACCUCUCUUGGAUUUGCUAUAAAAUCAAAGCAUAACACGAGGUAAGCACAAGAGAAAGAAAUGGUCUUCAGUCGUGUGCAACGUUGCAAUCUGAACCAGCUUCGUCCUUAGUGGUCAUCUUGGCUCGACACUGGUCUAGCCGGCUCGAUGUCUUGAAAUAUAUAAAUAUGUGUAUGGGUUCAGGGGAGGUUUUGGGCUGAAGGUGAUGGUUUGGCUCCCAUCAAAUGUUUGUUUUGUGGGUUUAUAUUUUUAUUGGCUUGUAUUCAAGUUAUUGUGAUGAAAUAAAUAGAUGAAAAGAAUAUGUACCCCAUUCUUGUAAUUUCUUUUUGUAUAUGUUACUGGAGGUUUCUUCCACUUUUUUUUUUUUUUUUGACAAAUAUUUUUACCACAUUUGAUGUUUUUAAAAGUUUAGUAAUAGGUGUAAUUGUAUCAUUUUAUAAGUGUAGAAUUGAUUAAUCAAUUUUAUAAAAAGUGUAAUUGCAU